AGCGUUUCCGGUCUGUGUUUGUAAACUGGAAAGAUAUUUGGAAGUGCGGCAAGAAACCAAAUAACCAAAAGUCGAAUAAAAAAAGACUGGUUUGCUGGGCUGUGAAGUGGUGUAGUCCAGCAUGGCACUAAUGCAGGCCAACAGUAUGCCAGGGCAGAAGAUGAUGUCACCUUUGGGCCAAGGGCGAAGAGACUGUCCCGAGUCCGACCUGCAGCUCUGUCAAAACCACAGACACCAAGUGCAGCACGGACAGCCUCAGCACAACCAUGUUAGCCAUCUAUCAGCAGGGGUCGGUCCUCCUCUGCUGGUUGGAAAAGAUGGGCGGUAUUGUUCUUCUAUUUUGAAUGAAGACAUGUUGGCAAACCAGAAUAUGCAGCCCAAAAAGAAGCACAGAAAGUCUCCUUCACCCACCAAAAUAAAAGCAGAAGAACAGCGUUUUAUGGCACCACUUGAGGAUGAUGACUUGUCUCUAAAAGUUCAGAAGAAUUUUAUCUGUGACCAUUGUUACGGAGCCUUCAGGAGCAGCUAUCACCUUAAGAGACAUAUAUUGACCCAUACAGGAGAAAAGCCAUUUGCCUGUGAUUCGUGUGAAAUGCGUUUUAUCCAACGUUAUCAUCUGGAUAGACACAAACGCGUUCACAGUGGCGAAAAACCGUACCAAUGUGAUCGCUGCCGCCAGAACUUCUCACGGACAGAUCGGCUGCUGAGGCAUAGACGUUUAUGUACGGCAGGAAUCGUUAAAGAAGAAAACCAGUCUUACUCACAGGCAGCCUCCUCACACACUGCUCCCUGGGGCCCUUUACAGUCAGCCAACAGUCGUCUAACUGUGUGACCUGUUGCCCUCCUCUAACACGGACCCAGUACAACACUGCAGAAAGGCCAAGGUUUGAAAAACUCUCAAACAUUGAAAUGGCCAAUCUAAUGCCGCUUACUGAUCCUCCAACUUAGAGAGCAUUUGAUGAGUCAUUUGUUUUGUAACAUUGAUGGCGUGAGAGAAUGGCAUUCAUCAACUUUUACAUGGACAUCUAAAGACUCUUUUUAACUCUUUUACAAAGAAGUGCUCUCAAGUCCUACAAAGUAAGGUUGUAGAGAGCACUUACAGAAGUAGAGGCUCAUUUAAGGAUUUUUUUUUUUUACGGUUGUUUAUUUUAGUAGUUACAUUCAACAUGCUGUUACAUCUUUGUCUAUUUGAAGGCUAGUCCAGACCAAAUCAUCAUUUGCUACAUAUCAAGGUCUCCCGUUGGCACAAAAAUCCAACAAACUCAACCAUGAUCAACCAUGCAGCUGAGAGUAUGUUCUUUCCAAACACGCAAACUGGUAAGCAAGGGAACACCAGAAGUGACUCCUUCAACACUAUGACUACGAAGCAUAGAAGCUUCCAGCGAGAGAGAAAUUUGUUGUCUCUCCAAACUCCAAGGAAACUCAUGUUACUGGAACUUUACACCAGCCUUCAAUGGUCACUCAUGUCUGGAGUGCCCUUUUACUUCCAAAAAAUGUAUACAUUAAUUAAUCAUAAGCAAUAUUGAUAUACAAAUCAAAUGUUCCACAUGAACGUUCUCUAGUUCUAAUGCUUAUGGUGAAUUAGUUUUGUUGUACUGGAUAGCAGAUUGUAUGUGGUUUGAUAAACAAUGGGCUGCAAAUGUGACAGUUGCGCUAGCAGGAAAAAUGUAUAGCCUGUUAGACAUAAAUCAGAAUUGUGGGAAA